AUGGCGAUGUUCAGCGCAGUCCCUCCACCCCCCGAGCUGGCCGCUGAUCCCGCAGCGGCAAGCCCUCUCUCAACCCUCAAGUCCCAGGCAAACCAAUCAUCAACGGGCGUGGACAUCGAUGCCUGGACCAUCUCGGCCCUCCAGUCGCUCAGCGUCUCCCCCGUCGCCCGCGGCACCGGCACCCCGCUCGCCAUCGCCAUCGACGACGAACAUCCCAAGCGGUCCGUGGGAUUCACCCCGGAGCCAACACGCACAGAUGUACCCAGGAGGCCCCCCUCGCGGAGGGACAGCAUGAAGAAGAGAGAGGCCGUGCUGAAGGGAAACGAGGGCAGCCGCCAGCGCCGGCGAUGGGAAAAUGACCGUUUAAUGCAUGUCCCCAACGCACAGCCCCCGGAGCCGAGAGACUGGGAGGUCCGCGCCACGCACACCGUCCACCACAUCCCCUACCAGCUGGCCCAGUUCUGGGACAUCGGGGUCCGCCAGCGCGUCGAGGACAAGACGACCCGCCUGGCCGCCCAGAGGAAGAAGCAGCAGCUCAAGAGCGGCAGCGCCACGGGCCUCGGGGCGGGUGAGGUGCCCCGCGACCUCCGGGAGUCGGCCAAGAGGAGCCCCGUGGUCAGGAGCUGGGUCCGGGCCCUGGAGGAGCCGGUCCGCCAGUACCUGCGGGCCCGCGCCGACGAGAGGGAGCAGGACCUGCUCGACGACAGCGCGGUGGGGGAGAUGGACUCGGACGACGAGGAGAUUGUCUUUGUGGGCCGGAGCGGCGCCAUGAGGGAGCUGAACGGCAAGGGUGGCGGGUGGAAGAGGGCGCAUCGGGAGGUGUCGCAUGAGACCGUCGACUCGGGCAUGGUUUUCGAUUCCUUCGGUGAGGGUGAGGGGGCUGCAUAUAAGCGAUGGCUCACCCACGCUAUUUGCGACUAUUAUGGCCUCGAAUCCAAGUCCGUCACUGUAGCAAAUCCCUCUCGCCGUGUGGUGUACGUCGGUAUCAAAGAGGGACAGCGCCGGCACGGCUCGCACUUGAAACACUUUCCCCGACCGAUGUGGGAAUUGUGCUGA